UCGGCGUGGGACGUAAAGUGUUGUUGCUUGUGGACGGCGUUUGCGUGGUGUGUGGACGACGACGACGACGGCGACGUCACCUGUGGUGGUGCUGUUGUUGUUGUUGUUUUUGUGUUGUUGGUGAUAAUAGUGUGGCAGACUGGAUCCGCGCUGCGCCCUGGAGGGCAAUUCCUUCGCGACGGGGCUCGCCUCGGACGGGCCCUGGUCGUCCGGGCCCGGAGGGGCCUCGGCGGGUCGCUGGAUGCAGCCGCAGCACACGGCCAGCAUGGCGUCGGCGCUCAACUCGAUCAGGCCACUCUUCACGGGUUAUCCUUUCCAAGGACAAGGUCGCGUAAACCAACUGGGUGGUGUGUUCAUCAACGGCCGGCCGUUGCCCAACCACAUCAGGUUAAAAAUCGUCGAGAUGGCCGCAGCCGGCAUCAGGCCUUGUGUCAUCUCCAGGCAAUUACGGGUCUCCCAUGGCUGUGUUUCCAAGAUACUCAACAGGUAUCAGGAGACCGGCAGCAUCCGACCGGGCGUCAUCGGCGGCAGCAAACCUCGAGUGGCGACGCCCGAAGUCGAGAAGCGAAUCGAGGACUACAAACGGGAAAAUCCGGGCAUCUUCAGUUGGGAGAUACGCGACCGAUUAAUCAAGGAAGGCAUCUGUGAGAGGGCCACGGCACCUUCCGUCUCGUCCAUCAGUCGACUUCUGAGGGGCCCUCGAGGCCCCGGUGACGACGAUGACGACCCGAAAGCCCCCCACAAGCACUCCAUAGACGGCAUCCUUGCCGACAAGAGCAAAGCAUAUGGUAGUCGCACGGGAAGUGCAGGUGGGGAAUGCAGCAUGGAUUCCUACUCCGAAGGCGAAGACGAACCCGGGGAACCGGGUCUGACGCUGAAACGCAAACAGAGACGCUCCAGGACAACAUUCACGGCAUCCCAGCUGGACGAACUGGAAAGGGCCUUCGAGCGCACCCAGUAUCCUGACAUCUACACGAGGGAGGAGCUCGCCCAACGAACGAAGCUUACCGAGGCAAGGGUGCAGGUAUGGUUCAGUAACCGGAGAGCCCGAUGGCGGAAACAGAUGGGCAGCCAGCAACUGAACGGGUUUUCAGCCCUUAGUCUUCCUGUAUAUCCUACCAGUAAUCCCUACCUCUUGUCGGACACAUCGACUGCAUCCUACCCCACCGCCGCAGCAGUUCAAGCGGUGACAGAGCAGAGCGUGCAGUCGGUGCUGCCUCACGGCGGGGGCGUGAUGAGUGACGGCCGCUCCGCCUAUGCCGAACCCGCCUACGCCCCUCCCCCCUCGCAGCCCGCCCUCAAGUCCCAGAUGCUGAACAUGCUGGGCGGAGGCACCGAUUACGGCCAGUCCACCAUGCAGAGCAGCGGCGCGGGCGACGAGUGGGGCGUGCGCAUGCCCUCCCACGGGUGGGGUUGUGGGGCCCCCACGCAGCCCCCCGGGGCGGCCACCAGCGCGGCCACCGAGACCACCACGGCUGCGUCUCCGUCCUUUCCCAGCAUGAUGCCCGGUGACGCCUUCGUGUCACCGCAGUUCUCGGCUGCCACCGCUCCUUCGGGUCUGGACCUGAAGACCUCCUUCUACUACCCUGGACUACGAGGACUGACGCUUUGACAAUCAGUCUACAACACGGACGCCGCUCAGAGUCGCGGCCCUCACGUGUUCGGUGAUGUUUACGAAGGACAACACCACAUGAUGUAGCACAUUUUAGAGUGAAAAAAAAAUGUGACUUUAGGACGACGAAUGUGACGUGUUCCGUCCAGGACUGAGAGGACUAUGGUGGCUGGUGACAAGGUUCGAGAACAGUAUUGUAUUUUUUAAAAAAAGCGCGGACAAGGAAAGCUUUUAUUUUUCAGUGAUGAUGGAACGUAGUCGGUUUACCUCAUAAUUGCUGUACUGAGUAUCGGCGUAUGUUUAGCAUAUGUUCCUCGAACAGCUGAAGAGUACGCAGCUUGGUUAGUCACUAAACAAUGUGUCUGCGGGAUUUCCUGCCGCCACAAGAAACAUGAGCUCUAUCAACUAAGGCACAACUCUGAUCGUGCCUGUAUAGGCAGCCUUUGAGCUUCGAUCUCACCUCAUUCACAUCUUUCCUAGAGUGAUAUUCACCCUGUAAAGCUCUGUACGUUGCGUGUACAUUGUUUGUAGUAUAUGUCGGAGACACGAAACACCGUUGUACCAUCUCAAGCUUUGUUUUUUGUGAUAAACAUCAAGACGACCAGAGAGAGGACUGUUAUAUCUGUUUAGUGGCAUCUGGACCUCGCGCCGUCCGCGGUCGAGCUUAUUUAUUAUCAACUGAUGUAGAUAAGUACUAUGCAUGUAAUGUAAAUCAAGCAUUGUGGCCCUAACAUCUAGCCGAGCCACUGGAGCUGUAGGACCUCUACCGCGAACAACAUGCAGGCUGUUUCCAAGUGUAUACAGGUUCAUCUAACGACCUGUGGCUUAAACCAUUGCAACUUGUCUGUGAAUCGAGUUCAUGUACCAGAACAUGUGAGCAAAAAGAACAAUUGUAUCAAGGUAUGGUGUUGGAAGCAGCCUGAGAUAUGACAUUUCGGGUCACGUGUAUACUUACAUGCACGUCUUUUACCAGGUUUUAAGCAGCCAAAGAUAAAGGGGCAUCCUAUAGUGUGUGCGCCAUAUUAUCCUCACUGUAAAUGAACAUAAGGUAUUAUGUCUAUUCAUGCACUACGUCCUGUACAGUACAAUAAAAAGAAGUGCAGUUUGAAGACAA